UAUAUUUUUUUCGAUUUUCUUUUACAAAAAUAGUUUAGUGUUUUUCCACGAGAUCAGUAGUCGCAUAUAAAUUAAUUUUAUCUCUCGUCUGUUUUUACUUUUCUCUCUUUGCGGACUCGCGUGUGCAUGAAAUACUCCUCGGAACACCGGUUUACCAACGGCCAUGUGUCAACGAAUCUUUCAAUCGGUCGUUGUCCACCUGUAGAACACCGAUCUCGUGUACCUCCGAAAAAUCACCAAAUCCGUUUGUACGGUUAAAAAUAACGCACAGGUAUUUAUCAGCGAUACGCGCAAUGAUCACCAGCGGUCUCGUGGUGGACGGCGUUAGCCACGGACUCCAGGCCCAUUUGCCGUAUAAUCACCAGGCUGUCCACAACCACCACCGUAUGUCGUACGCGGAACCGUCGGCGUACAUGAAAUCGGUAGGUCCUCCGCCGCCUUCGCCACAGCAACAGCAACAACAGCAGCAACAGCAGCAGUCUUCUGAGCUGCCGUCCACGCCCGAAUUCCUGCGGCCGUUGCCGAAACCCGCGCCCGUGAACCCUCUUAAAGCGCCUCGGGCGUCGUCAAAGUAUGCGGUGGACUGCCGUCCGGUCAAUCUGACGGCCCCAAAAGAACCGUUACCGCCACCGUCGGUGGAUCACCAUAUCAGGUUAGACGACCGGCACCAUCCAUACCCCGUGUACGGACAUCCUCGGCUCUACGUCAGCGCGACGCCGUAUCACCCGUACCAUCCGAUGCACCAGCCGCCGGCACCGUACGGCGUGUACACUAGCCCGUACGCGCCCGUCAUUCCGCGCGAUACCAGGCACCAUCUGAUGCAGCCGCCGCAGGAACGGAGAUACCCAAGUCCGCCGAAUAAGAAUAACGGUGUGAGCGUGGGAAAUCGGACCAGCCCAUCGUCGUCGCCUCCCGAACAGUUUAAGGUUCCCAACGGUCGGGACAAUAAACCACCCCUACAGCUGCAGCAGCAACGGAUACUACCACCUCCCCAACCGGCCACUACGGUAGCUGCUGCGUCUGUUGUCAACCACAACAGCAACAUUAACAACAACAAUAAUAACCACAUAGGCGCUGCUGCUGAACCUUCGCCAAAGAAACUGCGGCGCAACACGCCGGAACCGCUAUCACCGCCGGCGGCCAAGACGUCCAACUUCACCAAGGGUUCACUGAUACGGUUGGCCAACGGAAAUAUAAAAAAGGUCGAAGACAUGAGGACCGAAGACUUUUUGAACUCUGUGGAAAACAGCGACCUGCACAGGAUCGAUCCUAGCACGGUGGUGAGAAUCGAACCUGUGACGGAUUCGGCGGUCAAAGGCAACAUAAAGAUUACACUUAGCUACGGUGACCAAAGAAAUCAUCAGAUCGGCAAUGACAACAAAAAGACGAGUUCAGCGGCGGCCAUUGCGGCUGUGACGUCCAAAUCGCAACAGGUGGAAAUGGAGAGUGGCGCCGAACACCCGUACUUCGUGUUUGGCCGGGGCUGGGCGUCGUGGAGUCCGGCUAAGACGCUGGCCAAGUACGGGUUGACGUGCCAGAGAUUGCAGGUGGGUGACGUGUGCGUGUCGCUGACAAAACGAGUGGCGGCAGUGGCUUCCGACUCGACAACGACAACGGCCACGACCACGACAACGGCCACGACCUCGACAACGCCACCGCACGGAAAACGACGGCAGCAGCAUAACGUCUCUGCAGCCGUACAACAGCAGCAGCAACAGCACCACAAUCAUCAGCAACAACACCUCCACCAUCUCCAUCAACAUCAUUCGGCGGCCGUUCAAAAAGCUCAGCUACAGUUGCAGCAACAGUUUGUGGACGACGAGAAGAACAGCAGGAACAAGAGACGGUGGUCCGCCCCUGACCCAGAACCCGCUACUUAAGAGAACGAUUUAAAAGAAGACGACGAUAAAUCUCUGUGCCUAAAUGUUUUUAUCCGCUUCUCGAUCUUUCUCAAAUUUUAUGAACGCGUAAACGACGACCUUAUAUACAUGUACGCUAUCAUUACUCGUUAGUUUAUUGUAUACAGGUGUAUAUUGAUCAAUAUAAGAUAUUGGUACGCGCGAGAUUUUUACGGGACAAAAACGACGUCAAAACAAUCUUCUAGUCCCUUACCCCGUCCUCCAUUUUUCCUUUCAUCAAUGACGUGAUAUCAUAAUGUUGUUUCGUUUGGUUUUUGUACAUUUUUAUAUUUUUCGCCAUGCCCACCCGAAUCGAAUUGAUCCCAGAUAGUCUCGUGGUGAUGUUUAGUUUCGACAUUUUUUAGGCCAUCGCAUAUGUGUUGGUACAUAAUGAUUCCCUUUGCAGUUACUACUUUUACUUCAAUAUAAUGUGUAAUCGUACAAAGACUGAAAAUUCUAUGAAGGUUUUGAGAGAUUGUUUUGUGUAUUUCGAAUACUCGCGGUACAAAAGUAUUUUAUAUAUUCGAUGUUUGACCAGCGAGGAUCAGGGGGAAGAAAAAACUUAAAAACAAAAACAAAACGUAAUGAUAAACUAAGUAAGGAUUCACUCGUUUUUUCUCAAUAUUAUGAAACAUAUAAAAAUAUAAUUUGUUAUAUGUAAAAAUGAGUAAUACCUAUUUUUAUCGUUGUUAUUUUGUUAAAAACUCAAACAAAAAUUUAGAUACAUGUUAUACAUUCACUAUUAAAAGUCUAUAAAAUGUAUAUUUUUUUUUCGGAAAAAACAAUGUAAAAAUAUUUACCUAUAUUUCGUGUUUAAUUAUCUAUAAUAAUAUGUAAACCACCUUUUAAUAUUAAUACGCUUAAAACUUAAAUGCCAUACAUUAUGUGUUAUUAUUAUGUAUAAGUUUGCAGUAUUUCAAAAGCUCUAAAUUUAUUUCUGGAUAGAAUGAUCUCAUCGCGCGUAAAUGAACAAAUUUUUUUCAAAAAAUUUUAAUUUCUCCUGUCUUUCAAAAUUAAAAUUUUUACGCAUGUGAUAUUUUAAAAAUGAGGUGGAAAUGACCUUUUGAUUUUAUAUUAAAAUAAUUAUAAUAAUAUAUAUAUAUAAUUAUAAUAUAUAUAUUUAUAUAUAUUAUAAAAUAACUUAAAAUAAUAUUACUAUAUACGAACAUUUGACUCUCAAGACUAUAGUUAAAAAAUAAUAUAUUUUUACUAUGAUUAUUUUCUUUUAAUUAUUAAUUAUAUACUUAUAACUAUUUUUGUUAAAAAUCUGAUAAGUUGAAGAGACUGACAAGUACAUGAUAAUCGCGGUUGAGUUAAACCACUUCAUUAUUAUAUUUUUUCUAUCAGGUCUAAAGACUGUAGAUGUGAAAUUCUUUUUACCUCUCAACGAUAUGAUAUUUAUUUAUUUAUUUUUAGCCCAUGCUUUUUCAUGCACAUAUCCUCAUAUUGCCUAAUGUAUAAAUUAUAAUAUUUAAAUGUAUUGAUGUAUGAUUAAAAAUAAAAAUUGCCAAUUUGUAUUUAUUUUAAUGUAUAAAGUGAUACGAAAAUGGCAACAAUACUUUGUGUUUACCAGAAUGUUAUUUUUAUUUUUUUUAUUACAUUAUCUAUAUAUUAUGUAUGUAUAUUGUAUACAUGUUCAUAUUUUUUAUGUUUUUGACUAU